UGUGGUACAUCUCCACUCGUGACCGCUUUAUGACGUAUUGUCCAAACAGGAAGUGCAAACAGAGCAUUUUCUCACAUGAGGGCACGAGACGGGAGCUGUUAUUAUCAACAGGCGACAGUGCUGACAGACGAGUGCUGUUGUUGCGGGGGGGAUCUGAGCCGCCGCGAUGGCAGCAGGUAGGCUGAGCUUCAGGAACAUCACCGCCCUGGCUCCCAUGGUCCGGGUGGGGACUCUCCCCAUGAGGCUGCUGGCUCUGGACUACGGAGCCGAUGUGGUUUACUGCGAGGAGCUGAUUGACAUGAAGAUGGCCCAGUGUCAGAGGGUGGUGAACGAGGUGCUGCAGACGGUGGAUUUUGUCGCUCCAGAUGAUCGAGUGAUGUUCAGGACCUGUGACAGGGAGAAGGACCGAGUCGUCUUCCAGAUGGGGACUGCCGACCCAGACAGAGCGCUGACCGUGGCUCGACUUGUGGAGAAGGAUGUGGCUGCCAUCGAUGUGAACAUGGGCUGUCCAAAGGAAUACUCCACUAAGGGCGGCAUGGGAGCUGCUCUGCUGUCCAAUCCUGACAAGAUUGAAGCAAUCCUCAGGAAGCUUGUCGCAGGGGUCUCCGUACCAGUGACAUGUAAAAUCCGAAUCCUGCCUUCGCUGGAGGAAACGGUCGGUCUGGUCCAGAGGAUCGAGAAGACUGGCGUUGCUGCUGUUGCUGUCCAUGGCAGGUUUAAGGAGGAGCGUCCCAGGCAUCCAGUUCACUGUGACUACAUUCAGGCUGUGGCUCAGGCUGUUUCCAUCCCUGUCAUUGCCAACGGAGGUUCUCUGGAUCUGGUGAAGACCCAUGCCAACAUCGAGGAGUUCAGGAAGGUGACGGGGGCCUCUUCAGUCAUGUUGGGCCGCGCCGCCAUGUGGAACAUGUCAGUGUUCAGCAGCCAGGGCCCAGAUCCUGUGGAGAAGGUUAUGGAUGAAUACCUCAAAUAUGCGAUCCGCUACGACAACCAUGCCUUCAACACCAAGUACUGUUUGUGUCAGAUGCUGAGAGACAAGGUGGAGUCUCCUCUGGGGAAGCAGGUGCAGGCGGCCCAGACCAAUGCUGAGAUCAGUGUGGCCUUUGGGCUGCAGGAGUUUUACCUACAGAUGCAGGAAGAGCUGCAGGCCAGGAGGGACUCCCUGCAGAGCGACAGCCAGCCCGACCGCCCCAUUAUAGACGGAGACGUCACUACCAUGGCCGUCAAGUUUGAGCGGAGAAAGUAUCCACCUCAGAUCACUCCGAAGAUGUUCCUGCUUGAGUGGAGCCGCAAGGAGAAACUGGAGCAGCCGCUGUAUGAGACGGUGCAGCGCUCUCAGGAUCGAGCAUUUCAGUCGACUGUGACUGUAGCAGGAAGGAAAUAUAGAUCCUCACUGUGGGAGAAGUCGAAGAAGUUUGCCGAACAAGCAGCAGCCAUCGUCUGCCUGCGAGUUCUGGGAAUACCGGAGGGCCAUAUUGGCGAGAAAGACUCCAGCCUGGUCUGCAAGAGGAAGAGGGAGGGGAAGAUGAACGGCAGCGCAGAAGAAGAGCAGAGGAAGAAACGACACUUAGCUGAUACCCAACAGGAAACAGAAACCACAAAGACUAUGGCCAGCGGGGACCAUAACAAACCAGAACUACUGUAGAGUUUCUGAAAGAAAUCGGAAACCUUGUGCGGUUUCAACAGAAGGAUAAGUGACUUCUGGUGGGAACUGGAACAACAAAUCUGGCUGAAGUUUUUGUCCUGUGCUGUUGAAGAAAACACCAAUUUGCGAUUAUUUACUCUUAAGCACAAAGAGCAGCCGCUUGAUUCUUUUCAUCACUUCAGCUAAAACUGUUUAGUUUGAGCUGGGACCUGCCCAGUGGAAAUACAGUUUUCCACUUGAUCUCCUGGGAGAGAGUCUUUAUUGUUCGCCUCUGCCAAUUCCCCCUGAACGUAAAGGUGUUUUUAUUUUCGUGAAAUCUGUGUUUUUAACCUGAGGAGGUUGUGAUGUAGAUGUGUGACCAGUAAGCGGCAGCACUGGAACUUCUUGCCAAGGUUAGGUCAUCAUAAAUAUGUCUGAAGUUAAACUUCGGUGCCUUAAACUCAACAUUUCAUCUUUUCACCUCUGUUGAAGAAGACUGAUGUUGGAGCAAUGAGUUUACCUGUAUUUGUCUCAAGUUGAUUUAUGAUACCAUAUUUUUGUAUUUUGGCUUCAUUCACAUCAGGUUGUUAUUUGUAAAAGAUCUGAGGUGAGAAAUCUUCCAAACCCUGCAGACACCACUGGUUUCAUUUCUGAGUAUUUUUAUAUUUUCCAUAGAUGUGAUGAAAAGACUAUACCUGAGUGAAGUUGUGAGCAUAGCUGCAGCUGAUUGGUCAGCAGAGACGAACUGUUGCAUACAAGUGACGUGUUCCUGUGGUACGAGCACACGUCCGGUGUGUAGAUAGAGACCAAAGAUAAAACAACAAUUUGUCCUUUAAUCUAAAUGCAGCUGCUGGUCUUAAGUCCAGAACUGAACCUGAGACACUGAUGUCAUGACCGGCAGCCCAAUGCUGCCUUCGUGUGUGCUGGGACAUAGGGGGGGAGUCACAAAGUUUGGUGCACAUAGAGGAACCAAUAAAGCUGUACUGCAGUAUUGUGUGAUACCAUAUGGCAACGUCUCAGAAGGAUCGAAUAUAAAUUGAUGAAAAACAAAAGCAGCAGCUGUGUGUUCACUGAUUCACAGUUACAAAGAUGCCUGAAGAUAAAACCUGGUCCUGGUGCAGAUGGGAAAUUGUUUUGGGGAGAGCAGGGAGUAAAGAUGGAUUAAAAGCUUCAGAUCAGUGUGUUUCGACCUCUCUAGCUCUUCACCAGGGCGGAAA